AUGUGGAAGCUGCUGCCUUGGACCGGCAGGGGUGCAUCCGGCUACCCACAACGAGAAUGCUUCUACUGCUGCACCACCAGCAUCAUCCUUCCGCCGUACUCGCAGCAGGGCGCGUCCGACGAUGCUCUUGGUAUUGCGAACCAACUACCCAACGUGGCCACUUCGUCGAGCGCUUCUUCCAUUUCCACCGGCACACCAGCCAAUUGGUACUGUUCCAGCUGUCAUUGCCAAAACGUCGCCGAGCAGGAUGGGACCCCCGUGGAGCAAUACACCCGUCCGAUGUGGGAUGAGGCUUGGAAUCGCGACCGAAGUCAGCUGAUGCGUCACACGCGACCUCACAUCUCUAAGUCAGCUAAAGCACCGGUCGCUUCUUCGCCUGAUCAACGUACAAGAGUCUUGCAAAUGGGGUCCGCUGGGAAAGCACCUUUCAAGUUCUGUCACACGUGUCAGACAAACCAGGUUCUCACCCUCAAUAUGCUUGCCGACUACUUACCCAGCGAAGAGGACUCGGAAUACCAGCAGAAGCUUCAGCAGCUCCCAGAGUAUGAAGCCUCGAUCGCUGCACGAUACCCGCCGGUCUGCAUGGACUGUGCACCAAAAGUGGAGGAGAGGAUCACGGAACGCGAUCAGUUUGCAAGGAGUUGGAGCCUGGGAAAGUGGCUUGACCUCAAGAAGAAGGCUUCCAGUACCGGUCUCGUUGAUCUUGUCGACCGGGCCUCUUCAACAUUGGUCACCCAGCCAGAGCCUUCAAACUCUCCUCACACGACACCCCUCACGCCAUGGCCGUCGAAAGCGGCCAGGAUCAAAGGCACCCUCCGCAACAUUGCCAGUCUAGAUGACGGAUCGAUCUCGGCUAAGGUCAUCUUUGUGCUCGUCAACAUAAGCAUUUGGGCUGCCUACCUGGCGACAGCAUUAUGGCCUCACGAUGUGAUGCCGACACUGCAAGGAGUAGCGGACAGGAUCAGAAGCAAGCCGAUCUCGUGGUUGACUGCCGAGUUCGGACUCGUUGCCCUGUUCCUGAUGCCGAGCUUGCUCACUAAGAGCAGCAGAAUGGAUCCGCUCAAGCGCUCGACCGAGCGCGCAAGGGCUCGCCAACUCCGAGUCGAGGUCAAGGGUAUGGAUCUGUGGCGCACUACUCAGAGUGUUUUUCUUGCGCUGCGCUCCGUCGCUUUACUGGUGACUUUCUUGGACGCAAUCACACCAAACGACUCCGCGAAAGCACUGGAAUGGAUAGCACACACUGCGGGAAAAAGCCAAGUCGAGUUUCUUAAGCUGGCCGCCAUGUCUUUGCUCGUUGGCGAAGCGGGCUUUACUACAGCAGCAGCGAGUCGACUUCGAGUCCAGCCGCCGACGCCCCUACAACUAGUAUCGCGACCUAUCACAGCGAUAGGAGGACAAGCAAAACGGUCGAAUCAAGACAGCGAUGCUCUGCUCACCGGUCUCAGCUUGGACGAUGGAGCAGCUGCGCGUCCAUCCAUUGGCCUCUUUCACGAUGAGACUAUAUUCGACUCUCACGCUGACAAGGAGAGCGGAACGACCCCUCGUGUGGAACGCGAUGCAGACGGCGACGCAGUUAUGGAGGAUGCCGCGACGUACGUCGCCCGACGAGUAUCUCGGUCUUCGGAAGAUGACUGGGAGGACGGAUCUGCUCGCAUUCCUGCCCCGCCAACUUCGACAUGGUCUCCCAAUUGGCCGAGCAAUGGAGUUUCAAAGCAGCCAGGCCCUACGUCGAAUUCCGCAUUCACUACAACGCAGGGUGGUAGAGCUGGCGUAGGGUUCUCGAGGUACCACGACUUCCAGCUGGGCCCACAGCGGUUUUGGGAGCCUCAGAACCCGACGGGUCUGGAAGACGUGUUUGGCAGAGCCGUUUCGUUAGAUGAUGCACCGCGGCGUAACGAUGACGCUUCGAGCAGCAAGUGGAGUAAGUGGCUAGGCUUCUCUUGA